UCUAUACAUGAAACGAGACCGUUUCAUCUGUUAUAAAAACCACCUCCUCGUUUCUUUCAAUGCUAACGGGCUCCAAACACAAAUUCAGAGGAUUCAAAGACGGCGGAGGCAGAAGCAGCAAAGGCUAUAUGUCGUACAUGAAAGGAGAUCUACUUACCAGAACGAGAAAGCUCGUUAAGGGCUUGGCCAAGGCCGAACCUUCCUGGCUGAAAGCCAUGGAACGGGUUCCACCUCCAACAUUUCCUCGACCUGAUGGAAAAGUUAAGAAAAUUAGUCUCCCCGAGGAUGUUUAUAUUCGAAAGUUCUUUCAAAAGCAUCCAGACUCUAAAUAUGAAGAUGCUAUCAAGAUGACCGCUUUUAACCCCCCUCCAGCUCGUGUAUUUGGUUGUCGGGUGCUUGAGUUGAAGGAAGAGGGAGUCAGUGAGGAGGAGGCCAUGGCUGUAGCCGAUAUGGAAUAUAGGGCAGAGAAAAAGGCCAAAAGGAUGGCAUAUGCUCGACUGAAGCAAAUUACUCGUCUUCAGGGGAAGAAACUUCCGCCUAACCCAUAUCCUAGUGCCAUCAAGGAGAUACAGGCUGAAGAGAGGAAAUACGUUCGUGACCGUUUCUUCAAUCCCAAGAUACUCAAAAUUGUGGAGAAGAUGAAAGAGGAGAAGGCAGCUGUGAUGCAGGACAGAAUGAGAGGAGGUGGCUGGUAAUCUCUUCGAAGUAGCAUUCAGUUAGAGGAUUGAACCAUUUUUUGCCUUUGGAACCUGAGCCCCAAUAAUGUUUUUAGGGAAAGCCAUUUUUGAACCUUUUUUGAUGGAAAGCAACACACAUGCCCUGACAAAAAUUGAAAAUUCUGUGCUAAGAAAUUCUUGAGGUCUAAGUGUACAAUCUGAAUUUGCUUUUUCUUCUUUGAAAAGCCGAAGUUUAUUAUAAAGGAAAAGAUUAUUCCUUGCCA